UCCUGUUCCCCGCGAUCACUCAGUCAAACAUUAACAACCUCCAAUUCAAAACGCAAACACGUACUCACAUACUCACAGUCCCCCGCUGAGCCUCGUCGUCUGUGCGUCAUGCCCUCACACAAAUUCAGGAGCUUGACAGCCCUGCACCGUCACUACUGUCUACGCCAAAUAUCGUACUCCCACCUCCGACAGCAACUACAGCAACACAGCCUCAGCCACCCACUCUUAACCUGACUAAUCUGCGCCUACAUAGCAGCAUAGGUACGGCUGUGGUUCGUCGUAACCCACAGUCGCACUUCUCGACUGUCAGCGACACCUCCACACCUCACACAUCUUCUUCGCUCGCGAUCAUGUCGAUCCCGAACGCUGUCACCAGCAGCAUCAACGCCCUACCACCACCAACCGCCGCACCCAUUCCUGAUGACAAAGUCGAAGUCGGCCGUAACAUGUCGGAGCCUCCGCUGUUUCCUGCCAACGUGGCGAUGAGCGACAGAGUCGAUGAUGGCGAUAAUGUCGUCUAUCUAGGGAUCAGGGCUGUCGCUGAGGCGAGAGGUGUUGCGGGUGCUACGGGCAGUGCUGCGGGUCCUGCUGACAGUGUUGCGGGUCCUGCGGGCCAUGUUACGGAUGUUGCGGGUGGUUUUGAGCAGAUGGGGAUCAGGCCUGAGCUCGCCCCCGCCCAAGAAGCACCAGUUGUUUUCUCAGGCACAGUUGAUCUCGACCGGCUUCUGGGCAUGGUCGCGCGCGAACAUAGUGUGCAGCUCCUGGCCGCACCACCGUCGUUUCCUCUGCUCGCCGUACCGCCGAAACAGACGCGUCGCGAGCGUGAGCGUGCAGAUGCCGCAGCCUUGCAACAACAGACAGUCCUGGGGAAGCGUCAGAGGGACCGGUCACCGUCGCCCGAGCUACAGUUGACGGAGGAGUUGUUCGAGGAGAUCGGUAUGGUGAAUGGGCUGUUCAAGGAGCCUUGUCUGGGCUUGGUCGAGGCUCCGGCCGUUUUCGAGCUGCUUGUUGCCGGAGACUAUGCUUUCCGCGUCAACCUGUCGUUCUCGAGUGGAUACCCGUUGGAGGUGCCCGCGCUCAUAGCGGUUGAGUCCGAGAACGGAGAGGAGCUCAAGACUUUGGCUCAGGGCAUCCUGGAUGGUAUCAAGGAUGGCAAGCCGUGUCUAGAGAGACUGGCUCGUGGUAUGGCGGAGGCUCUGGAGGAGCAGAUCGGCGAGGUGCCUUGGAAGUACAAAGCCCACAAAGUGAUCCCGAUAGUGAACUCCGUGAAAGGAAGGUGGUUUCCCACACUCGAGGAACUCGACAUGUUCAUGGAGAAUCUCCGGGCGGCCAAGCUGGAUUAUCCGCCCAAGAUGCCAGUCUUUGAGAUCAAGGAUGGUCUCAAAACAGCGCUCAUAUCGGAAGGGUAUGCUCAGGACAAACUCACACAGGAGGGCCAGGUCAUAGAAGGGAACGAACGCUUAGAGUUUCUUGGCGACGCUGUGCUUAACACGCUCAUUGCAUCCGCCAUGUUCCGGAUGUACCAAGUAAACGAGGGAGGAAUGACGAAACUACACGACAUUCUCCGCUCCAACAUGCUGUUCAGCGUUUUCUCGAGGGCGUAUGAAUUCCCAGGCCAGCUGAAGCAGAAGCAAGGUCCAGUAAAACCUUCAGGCUUUUACGAACCAGCCUUCAAAAAGGAGGCGGAUAUCUUCGAGGCGGUGGUAGGUGGGCUGCACCUCGACAGCGCUGCCGUGCCCGGGGGUGCGAUUGCCAUCCAGAAGUGGUUUGACAUCUUGAUCGAACCAUGGAUCGAUUGGACAUUGACACGAAUGAACUCGAACCUAAAGUCGUCGUUCAUGACAUAUAACCGAAUUCCGUUGGAGCCUCGCAAGCCAUCUAAGGCGCUCGCUCAUGCGCCUCCGGGAUCUCGCGCUCGUGCCGGUUCACCGCGACGCAAGAUUGCGGUGGCCAGCAGCUCCAGGAUAGCCCGCCGCGCCGCUAAGAAGGCGCCUCGCCACUCCACGAUCGGAGGUUGGCCCGGAGCACCAGAGGGAAUGAAUGUCGAUGCGAUGCAUGCCGGUGCCGAAGAACGCCGUUGGGCACGCAUCCAGCGUCUGGAAGACUAUCAGACCUUUGAGGUGCAGACCCCGCGUGGCGACAGGCCCGCUCCGGAGCACACAGUUGAUGGGCAGGGACACGGUAUGCAUAGACAGAGCCAGGGACUUAGGGUUCACAAUGCAAGCUCGAUGGCACUGAUGGAUUCCGAACAGAACAGGCAUCGCAACUCGGUGUACCGUGGAGAUCCGGGUUACUCGAGGGAUCACACCAGACUUCCUGACCUGAGAAGGCCGGUCGAACGCGAACAGCGUCAUUAUUGAUUCGUUCCGGCAAUAGCACUCACUGACCUUGGCAUCCUUUUCUUUCCACCAGAUGCAAUGGCUGUCUCGAUCAGUGUUCACUUACAAUACAGCGUUCUGUUUACUUGCCUGCUGAUUUGAUUUCUACUAAUCCCAUCUGUCAAUAGUGUGCGGGAUAAAAGUGUUUCCAUAGCUCAACACCUUUGUGUUCAAUUCACGUCUUGUUCGUUUCACUUGUUGCUGCAUUGUAUGACUGUCAUCGGUAAUCCUCGGUUUGGUGGAUAAUCGCGAUGAUGGCUAGUGAUUUCCUACUUACUGUGAAUACUGCUGUGGAUGAGUGGGGCUGGCUGCUGGUAUGUGUAAUUUUAUGGUACUGUACUUUGAUGACUGCAGAGAGAGAGAGAGAACAUUCAUUUAUUGUCGCAUGG